UCGAGGCUAUACAGUAAGUUUAUUUACUUUAGUCAUCCUCCGCACGUUUACACAAAUAAUCAGGAAGGAACAACCUAGUGUCUAUAGUGUGUAUACGACAGCGACAGCUGGACGUAAUUAGGAUGCAGGAGAUGGAGAUGGAGGUGGUCGCUGAUUUGCAUGAGGCCAGUGAACCCAGUACCUGUGAUCAGCAGCACCCGGUCAAUGUGGAGCAUCUCAGACGGAAGAUCAAAUAUUUCUUCAUGAACCCAUGUGAGAAGCGUAGCGCUGGACAAAAACCAUGGAAGCUCAUAUUGCAACUCUUCAAAAUUUUCUUUAUCACCGCCCAGUUGGUGAUAUUUGGGCUGAGCAACCAGAUGGUCGUCACAUUCAAGGAAGAGAACCUGAUGACAUUCAAGCACCUCUUCCUGAAAGACUACGUUGAUGGAGACAGGGACACAUAUGCUGUUUACAGACAGGAAGAUGUUUACGAUCACAUCAGUUACAUUGUUGAACAGUAUGGACUCCUGCACAACAUCACAGUGGGAAAUCAUGAAUAUCGGAGAACUGGCGACGCCUACGCGCCGCUGUCACUGUGCCAGGAGUUUUACAGGGAGGCGGCGAUCUCUCCUGGAAACGAGACGGUGGUGAUCGAUGCCCAAAUAAAAACUGAAUGUCAUGAGGUUUAUCCAACGUAUCGUCCGUCGCUGCAGAAAGCGAUUCCACAUUUUGAGCUGCAUUUUAAAAGGAUGCUCUCUGUCAAGGUUACGUUUGUUCUGAAGGCCAUAAAUUUACAGACUGUGAAACAUCGAGAGCUGCCAGACUGCUACGACUUCACCGUUACUAUCACAUACAACAACCAAGUUCACAGCGGCAGGAUAAAGAUCGACCUGGAAAAUGAUGUUGACAUCAAUGAAUGCAGAGAAUGGAAAGUAACUGGAGCAUCUUAUAUUGGCAUAUAUUGGACUGUGAUGUUUGACAGUCUCAUCAUCGUGGCGUGCAUCACCUCCUUCGUGCUCUGCAUGCGCUCGGUGAUCAGCGGAAUCCGGCUGCAGAUUGAGUACACACACUACUGCGAAGCCUCCUGCAGUAAGGAAGUUCCUGCAUCAGACCGGCUGGAGUUUGUCAACGGUUGGUACAUGCUAAUCAUACUCAGUGACACAUUAACCAUCAUUGGCUCCAUCCUGAAGAUCGGCAUCCAAACUAAGAUGUUAACAACCUAUGACGUGUGCAGCAUCUUCCUUGGGACUGGGACCAUGUUUCUUUGGAUCGGGGUUCUCCGCUACAUGGGCUUCUUUAGGAAGUAUAAUAUUCUCAUCGUCACACUGAGGGCAGCUUUCCCGAACGUUAUCCGUUUCCUCUGCUGCGCUGGAAUCAUUUAUCUGAGUUACUGCUUUUGUGGCUGGAUAGUCCUUGGUCCAUAUCAUGAGAAGUUCCGUACCUUGAACACGGUGUCAGAGUGUUUGUUCUCCUUGGUCAAUGGAGACGACAUGUUUCCCACCUUUAAAGACAUGAAGCAGAAAAGCAGCCUGGUGUGGAUCUUCAGCAGAAUUUACCUCUAUUCCUUUGUCUCACUCUUCAUAUACAUGGUACUAAGCCUAUUCAUCACCAUCAUCACAGACACCUACGAAACAAUUAAGAAACAACAGGACAGCGGAUUACCAACAUCAGAGCUGCAAAAAUUCUAUUUAGAGUGUAAGGACCUCCCUAACUCUUGGGCGUACAGACCUGACAGGAACAGCAGCUGUUUCUUAAACUGCUGUGUCAGCAGGUGCAGGGAUAAUCAGACGACGGUGACUUCAGAGUCAUAAAAGGAGAAGACUUAAGUUAUCCUCAGGAAGGAUUUAGAAAGAAGGACGUUUUCUUUAAAACAUCUCCAGAUUUUAUAUUAUUUAGAAUAGAAAGUGUAUACAUUUGACUUUACAUGUAAAACUAUAGUGUUUAUGCUUGUCACCUGUGAGGACCAUGUCUUAUAUUAGAGACAAUGAACUACAGUACAAGUUAAAGCUUUUAUUUCUCCACACCAGGAGAAUAUAAUAUAAUCAUUUUCAAACCUCAAUAGUAAAAUCUUGUAAAAAGGUGUAACAGUCCAUUUAUGAAGCAAAAAAAAAAAUAAAUCUUCCUUCAGAGUUUUUGUGUUUUAUCCAUUGAUGAGAUUUAGUUCAAGGAGUCUGGGAUAAAUCCAGACACAAAUGCCC